GCGGGCGCCGCGCGCUGACUCCGUGUCCGGGCGCCGCCGCCGCCGCUCCCGAGUAAACAGCGCGGCCGGGGCCGCUCCGCUCCGCUCCCGCCCGCUGCAGCCCCCGCCAUGGCCGGCCGCGGGGCUUUCCCGCUCAGCCCGCUGCCCCCCGCCGCCGCCCCGCCGCCCCCGGGGCCCGGCGCCGCCAUCCUGCGGGGCCCCAGCCCCGCUCCGGCCGCUGCCGCCGCCCCGGGCUAUCGCGCCAUGGGCCCGGCCGCCGCGCAGUACCAGAGGCCUGGCAUGCCACCUGGCAGCAGGAUGCCCAUGGCAGGGCUGCAGGUGGGACCACCUGGAGCGCCCCCGUAUGGAGCAGCCUCCCAGCUGAGGCCUGGCCUGCCCCAGGCCAUGAUGGACCCCUUCAGGAAGCGCCUGCUGACCCCCCAGGCACAGCCACCACUGCCCACCCAGAGGAGAGGGGUGAAAAGGAGGAAGAUGGCAGACAAGGUCCUGCCACAGAGGAUCAGAGAGCUGGUGCCAGAGUCCCAGGCCUACAUGGAUCUCCUGGCCUUCGAGCGCAAGCUGGACCAGACCAUCGCCCGCAAGAGGAUGGAGAUCCAGGAGGCCAUCAAGAAGCCUCUGACGCAAAAGAGGAAGCUGAGGAUUUACAUCUCCAACACUUUCACCCCGGCCAAAGAGGAAGGAGAGGGCGGGGAGCGCGUGGCCUCGUGGGAGCUGCGUGUGGAGGGCAAGCUGCUGGAGGAUCCCAGCAAACAGAAGAGGAAGUUCUCCUCCUUCUUCAAGAGCCUUGUCAUUGAGCUGGACAAAGAGCUGUAUGGACCUGACAACCACCUGGUGGAGUGGCACCGGCUGCCCACGACCCAGGAGACUGAUGGCUUCCAGGUGAAACGCCCCGGUGAUGUCAAUGUCAAGUGCACCCUGCUGCUCAUGCUGGACCACCAACCCCCACAGUAUAAACUGGACCCUCGCCUGGCUCGGCUGCUGGGGGUGCACACCCAGACCCGGGCCAGCAUCAUGCAGGCACUGUGGCUCUACAUCAAGCACAACAAGCUGCAGGACAGUCAUGAGAAGGAAUACAUCAACUGCAACCGCUACUUCCGGCAGAUCUUUAACUGCGUCCGCAUGCGCUUCUCCGAGAUCCCCAUGAAGCUGGCGGGGCUGCUGCAGCACCCAGACCCCAUCAUCAUCAACCACACCAUCAGUGUGGACCCCAAUGACCAGAAGAAGACAGCCUGCUAUGACAUCGAUGUGGAGGUGGACGAUCCCCUGAAAGCUCAGAUGAGCAACUUCCUGGCUUCCACCACCAACCAGCAGGAGAUUGCCUCCCUGGAUGCCAAGAUUCACGAGACCAUCGAGUCCAUCAACCAGCUGAAGACGCAGCGCGAUUUCAUGCUGAGCUUCAGCAACAACCCCCAGGAUUUCAUCCAGGAGUGGAUCAAAUCCCAGAGGAGGGACCUCAAGAUCAUAACAGAUGUGAUCGGGAACCCCGAGGAGGAGCGACGAGCUGAGUUCUACCAGCAGCCCUGGGCCCAGGAGGCUGUGGGCAGACACAUCUUUGCCAAGGUGCAGCAGCGGCGGCAGGAACUGGAACAAGUGCUGGGGAUCCGCCUCACCUAAGGGGCUGUGGGAGCUGCUCUUCCUCCUCCUCCUCCUCAUCCUCCUCCCUCAGCCUCAUGGUACUUCUGACUGGAAUCAAAACACAGCACUUGCACACAAACCCUAUGUGCCUGGAGGGCCUGGGAGCCCCCUGGCCUCCCCCCCCGGGCUCCCCUCAGGCAGAGCUCAGUGGAGGCUCCCCCACAACAGCCCUCUUAUGCUUUUGCAUCCUUUGCCUCUUCCCCAGCAGCCCUCCUUCCUCCUCCUCCUCCUUCCUCCUCCUCCUCUGGUCCCACAGCCCUCCUGGAGUUGCUGCCCAGCCCUCCCUGAGCCCAGCCCCUGAAGGGCAGCUUGUCCUGCCCCUAUUGCAACCAAAGGCCCGUCCUUCCCUCCCCCAGCCCCUGGCCCAACCUUUUGCACUAUUUCUUUGUUUAUUUUGUUGAACAGGUUUUAUAUAAAAAAGAGAAAAAGGAAGAGAGAGGGGGGAAAAAAAUAGUAGGAAGCAUUUUGUACAGUUAAUAUAUUGAGUUCCUCUCCUGCUGCACUCAUGGCCUCCAGCCAUGCAGUUGCUUCAGGGUGGGCUCACAAGGGCUGGCUCAGCCCAAGCUUCUUGUUUAUAGCUAAGCAAGGUGUUUAGGGUGAAAGUUGUUGACAAUCAGUUGAUUACUCUCCCUCCCUCCCCCAUUCCUUGACAUCAUUAACAACUCAUCUUGUGAGCUCUGGGGAGGGGGAGAAGCUCUGUCCCUGGGGGCACUGAGGACAGCAGGGCAAUGAGCCACAGCCGUGGGGGGGUGCAGGGAGAGAACUGGAGCUACUGGGGAAGAGGGGGAGCACGGUGCUGGGGCUGAAGGGAUGGUGCCAGUCCCCCCUUGAAGUGCCUUAACCCCAGAGGCUCCUCGGGGCAGAGCAGCUGGGAGGGGAGAGGGGGCGUUUACAUAUUCCAGGGUGUAUGGCUCAGGGGUACCUGCUCUGCCUCUCCUGUAACCUUUGGUUUUUUGGGUCUAUUUUGGAUAUUUUCUAAUAAAACCAGUUAGCAGCA